UGCUUGCAUUUUGCUCACACUCUCUAGUGAUGUUGAAGUUGAAUCUCUUCCCGAUCUACCCACUCUUCCCACCCCGCUAUAUAUUGCUUCGAUUUCGGAAUUUCUUAUAUCUCACCAACUCCGACGCUCCCGGUUCAAUUCUCGCUCGGACAGUCUCCAAAAAUGGUAGCCCAAGAUAAACCCCUCCCAGUUUUCUGUAUCGGAACCGCCGAUACGAAGCUCGAAGAGCUCCGAUUCCUCGCCGACUCGGUCCGAUCCAAUCUCAAAGCCUUCUCCAAAAAUCCUUCAUCCAAGCUGCAAAUUGUCGUCGUCGAUGUUUCGGCGAGCCAGAAAGAGACCGAGAGCUUGGGCGAUUUUACCUUCAUUUCCAGAAACGAGCUUCUCCAUAGCUAUCUCGCGUCGUCGGAGCGAAUUCCAGAUGACAGAGGUGAAGCCAUUGGCGUAAUGAGCAAAGCGGUCGAAAGUUUCCUGAGAAAAGCUAAUGACGAUGGAGUUGUUGCCGGAGCUAUCGGUCUCGGAGGCAGUGGAGGGACGGCUCUGAUAUCCCCUGCACUGCGAUCUCUGCCUGUUGGAAUUCCUAAGCUCAUCGUCUCCACAGUCGCGAGCGGUCAGACCGAGCCUUAUGUUGGGACAUCGGAUUUGGUACUGUUCCCUUCGAUAGUCGAUGUGUGUGGGAUUAACAGUGUGAGUAGGGUGGUUUUGUCGAACGCUGGAGCUGCUUUCGCUGGAAUGGUUAUUGGGAGGCUUGAGAGGUCCAGGCAUAAUCAUAAUGUUGAUGAAAGACCCACUGUGGGGCUGACGAUGUUUGGGGUUACUACCCCAUGUGUGAAUGCUGUCACAGAGAGAUUGGCCAAAGAAGGUUAUGAGACCCUGGUUUUUCAUGCCACUGGGGUUGGUGGGAGAGCCAUGGAGUCUCUGGUUAGGGAAGGAUUCAUAAAGGGUGUCUUGGAUGUAACAACAACAGAGGUCGCCGACUAUGUGGUUGGAGGUGUCAUGGCUUGUGACAGUUCACGCUUUGAUGCCAUUAUAGAGAAAAAGAUUCCUUUAGUGUUGAGUGUGGGUGCCUUAGAUAUGGUGAACUUUGGAGCAAGAGAUACAAUUCCUUCCCAUUUCCAAGACAGAAAGAUUUAUGAACACAAUAAACAGGUUUCACUCAUGAGAACCACGGUAGAAGAGAACAAGAAAUUUGCUAGCUUCAUAGCAGAUAAACUGAACAAGUCAUCAUCUAAGGUCUGUGUUUGCUUGCCACAAAAGGGUAUCUCUGCUUUGGAUUCACCAGGGAAACCCUUUUAUGAUCCUGAAGCCACUACAUCUCUUAUAAAUGAACAACAAAGGCUAAUCCAGACAAACCAAGACAGGAAGGUCAAAAUAUACCCUUAUCAUAUUAAUGAUCCUGAAUUUGCAAAUGCAUUGGUUGACACGUUUUUGGAGAUUAGUACAAAGAAUUCUACGGCUUCCAAUUCAAGCCCUCUGCAAGACAGUAAUCCUGAAUCCAAGCAAGCUGUCAGUAAUGAUAUCAUUGUUCGCAGCCCAAUUGACUUUCCAGAAGCAAGACUAGAGACUUUGCAAAGAACACAGGCAAUACUUCAGCAGCUAAAAGAUCAGAUAAAUAGGGGAAAGCCAAUUAUAGGGGGUGGUGCAGGGACAGGAAUAUCUGCCAAGUUUGAGGAAGCAGGUGGUGUUGAUCUUAUAGUGAUUUACAAUUCAGGCCGCUUUCGAAUGGCAGGAAGGGGUUCCUUAGCAGGCUUGUUGCCUUUUGCUGAUGCAAAUGCUGUUGUGCUUGACAUGGCCAAUGAAGUAUUGCCAGUGGUGAAGAAGGUACCUGUUCUUGCUGGUGUGUGUGGAACAGAUCCUUUUCGUCAGAUGGAUUUCUUCCUAAAGCAGGUGGAGUCAAUUGGAUUUGCUGGGGUUCAAAAUUUUCCUACAGUUGGACUCUUUGAUGGCAAUUUUAGACAAAAUCUUGAAGAAACAGGAAUGGGAUAUGGCCUGGAGGUUGAGAUGAUUGCGAAAGCUCACAAGAUGGGUCUCUUGACAACCCCAUAUGCUUUCAACGAAGAUGAAGCUGUGGAAAUGGCAAAAGCUGGUGCUGAUAUCAUUGUGGCCCAUAUGGGACUCACCACAUCUGGCUCUAUAGGUGCUAAAACGUCUGUCACACUGGAGGAAAGUGUAGCUUGUGUACAAGAUAUUGCAGAUGCUGCACAUAGGAUCGAUCCCAAUGCUAUUGUGCUCUGCCAUGGAGGUCCCAUAUCUGGUCCAAGAGAAGCAGAAUUCAUACUGAAGAGAACGAAGGGAGUUCAUGGGUUUUAUGGAGCAUCAAGUAUGGAGAGGCUACCUGUUGAACAAGCUAUAACAAGCACGGUUCAACAGUACAAAUCGAUUUCUAUCAAAUGAACUUCAAUGCGUGUGUUUUCCCCAGAGUUCAUGUAUAUUCUUGCGGUUUGUCAUUUCUUUGGUUUUUUUACUGCCUCUGCUAACAGAGUAACAAUGUAAAGAAGCUUGACCGAUAUGAAAUUGGAUUACGUAGUGCUGUCUCCAAACUCUUGGGUAAAAAAAAAAAAAAUCUUUAUACUAAUAAAACGGAUCGAGAUGGUUUGCUAUGGUUAUUUAUUUAUA